ACCGGUAUGUUAAAAGCAAGAAGACCUACAACCAUAAUCACUGCACAGUUCGCGAAUCGCGCCUGUAAUCCUGCACUUGAUACUCUAGACGCUCAUUUCCGCCAAGGACGCGCAAGUAAACAACAUGAGUUGGGGAUACACUGAGUUCAACGGACCCCACACCUGGCAUGAAAUCUUUCCUGAUGCCCUCGGGCCCCGCCAGUCACCCAUCGAUGUAGUGACCUCCGCUGUGACCUCUGACACCUCACUGCGGUCCCGACCCCUUGCUUGGCGCUAUGUCCCAGACAACUGCAAGGCUAUUGCCAACCCUGGCUACUGCUGGCGUCUCGAUGUCAAUGGUGAAGGAUCUGAACUGGUAGGGGGCCCAUUGCAAGCUACCUACAAGCUAGAACAGUUUCACGCUCACUGGGGACCGACCAGUGACAAGGGCUCGGAACACACGGUGGAUGGCAAAUGUUACGCAGGGGAGCUGCACCUCGUACACUGGAACUGUGACAAAUACAAAACAUUCGGCGAGGCAGCGGGACACCCUGACGGCCUAGCUGUGUUGGGAGUAUUCCUAGACGCCGGACCCACUGACCACCCGGAGUUGGAGAAGAUUGUAUCACUAAUACCCAGCAUCACACACAAAGGUCAAACUGUCACGGUCUCCACCCCCAUCGAUCCCACCAAGCUCCUUCCAGAAAACACGCACUAUUGGACAUAUCUGGGCUCAUUGACCACUCCACCCUGCACUGAGAGUGUCACCUGGAUACUGUUCAAGGAGCCCAUCCAAAUAUCCGAGCGCCAGCUUAAAGUUUUCAGAAGCAUCAAGCGAAUAUCGCCGGAAGAACGUUGCAACGCCGACGAGGAGAAUAUUGUCAUCAACUUCCGACCCCCUCUUCCUCUCGGUAACCGGGAGCUACGGGAGUGCGGCCAGAUCUAGGCUAGGUUGGUCCGACAACUGCUGUAGUCUCCGCUAGUUUUACAGCGCACGUUAUGAUCUGAUUAGAAUUAGAGAACCACUUGGCAUUUACCCACGGGUCCACAGAUUUGACUUUGGACGUUAAUUUUCAAACUAUUUAUUUUUGAAACUCAUUUCUAUUUUAAUUCUGAAAUUCAGAAGAACUGAUGUUGUUUUGUUAUUUUGUUGUAGUGUAAGCUUGUUGAAUUAUGUAUACCGGGCAUUUGUUAUUGUUAAGUUGUUGAUUUGUUUAAUUUACCAUGAGAUUUGAGAGAACAAAUCAAUAUAUUCACAAUGUGAUAUUAAUAAAUAUUUGUUGUUUUGUAUAUCAAUUUAUGUUUGAAAUUGAAAUAACAUAAUAUUAUCAGUCGCAACUAACUUAAUUCUAUUUAUCAUCCCACAAAUUAAUCACAUAAGAGCUAUAUUAUUUUAACACUAAGGAAAAAUUAAGACUUUGUUAUUGUAUCAGUCGAUUCUUUGACUAAGUUCAGCAACGUGAUAUGCUGAUUAAAUUAUUUUUGUGUCAGACCAGUUAUUUAUUUAAUUUGUUACUUUAAAAUAAAAGGCUGCACAUUUUAUUGUUGAAUUAGUAAAAUAAUACAAAAUAACACUGUGUGUAAAAGUGUGAAAAGCAAUAAAGUUGUGAUCAAGGUUUCUUCACUGGGUGCAAUGUAGAUAGAGGUUGGUUGGUGUUUAUGAAACACAAACUAUAGAAGUGGAGCUAGUCUGUAUGUUGUUUAGCACCAACAAAUAGGUUUAAUGGUUCAAAGCUUUACUUAGGACAGGUUGUUAUUUACCUUGUGUUGCAAUAUUUUUAUAGCAGGAGGUUUGUAGCAAAACACUCUUUUAAGGUGAAAGUGAUUUUCACAUGUAAAUAAACCUGUUUUACCCUAGAAAAGUUGGCACAGCUGGUACCAUGUUUAUACAUAUCCCAUAAUGGAAUAGAGAAGUAUAAACUAAAUAUUACUUAAUACUUUUGAUUUUAAAAUCAAUUUCAUAAUAUCCAUAUUUUUCUACAUAAUAAAAAAAUAGUUGUUCAAUAAAAAAAAAAACUUUAAUAUGAAUAUAUUAUUUAUAUCAUUCCAAUUUAAUAGAAAACAUGAAAAUAUUUUAUAAUAAUGAUUGAAAGAUAAUGUUGUCUUUAGAUUUUGAAACACGAUUUCUAGGGUUGAACAUAGAGUAAUUGUCUCAAAUUACAUCUUGUUGACACAACAUGAGCUUAGUUUUAGUUUCAUGGACUAGUACAAAAUGUAUACUACUUUAUUGUUUCCUAGCAAUGUUAAUGAGUGCAGUUGUAAAGAAAAUAAAAAUGACCAAUUAUUGGUGCUGUUAGUUUAGUUACCUGAUAUUAGUGUCUUAACAAUGCUUCAACAAUAAAAAUAUUGAGUCAAAUAAAA